AUGCCGUCAAAAAAGAAAGUCGACAAGCGUCCACAAGAUGAAAAAUCAGAUAUAGACCACCCACCUUCCAAGACGCUUCAUAGUGAUACCGACUCGGCGCGUCAAGCCCAAGUGCAAGUGUGGCUCAAGCAGCUUAAACUUUGGGUACGAUUUGCUCGGCUCGCCAACAUCAGCGAUGGGGCGGACACAACAGAAACAGAAGACACGAGUGUGGAUCACCUGCCGCAGGUAACGAUGGGUAGGCUAGACGGAUUCUCACCGGAGUUGCGACAGACCGCAGGGGAGAUUGUGAGGGCAGUCGAACGAGACCCAGCAGUGCUCCCCAUUGAAUUACGCCAGCUCUAUGGCUUCCCUCCUGCAGACACCGAGGUGCUGGAAUACUUGCUGCUUCCGAAGGAGAUGGACGAGUGUCAAACCGCGAUACUAUGCUUUCUCAAGACGCUCUACGAUGAAUUGGCCUCUCUUAUAGAGCAGAAGGGCGGGAAGCAAGAAUAUGCCGAUAUGGCAGACUGGUUUCGCGGGUACAUGGCGACCUGGACGCAUAUGAAAGAACCCAGCUCGACACGACGCCAGUUCUUCAAGAGUGUGGUGGAGAAAUCGAAACAGAUGUGGCAAGAAAUGAAUCAGUCACCUCACCUGUCGGCCAGGGAGCGAUCGUGCAAGUCUCGCAUGAUAGAUUCGUUCGAGAAAUUCUCGGCCCGUCUACAGCCUGACAAGUCAUCAAGAAAGAUCGCUGCACCGGGGAUCGGGCUUCGGAUUGGUCCGCCUACUCAGUAUUGUGCCGGGUUUCGCGCUAUCUGA